AUGAAGUUAUGGUUCAUUGUCGCCUGUUUGCUGUUAGAUACAGCUGUAGGAAACAAACAACCCAAUAUCUUGAUCAUUUUAACCGAUGAUCAGGAUGUGGUAUUGGAUGGUAUGCAGCCAAUGAGAAAUGUAAGAAAUCUAAUAGGUUCGGCCGGAGCAACAAUUGAGAAUGCCUAUACCUCCUCGCCAAUGUGUUGUCCAUCCAGGGCUAGUAUAUUGACGGGUAAAUAUGCCCACAAUCAUUUAACUUUUAAUAAUUCCCUAAGUGGUGGUUGUUAUGGCAGUCAUUGGCGCGCCAAGGAUGAAAAACAUACAUUGGCCACCAUACUUGCAAAUGCCGGUUAUACGACAUUCUAUGCUGGGAAAUAUUUAAAUGCUUAUCAUGGCGGGGAAGUACCACCUGGUUGGCAGAAUUUCUAUGGCCUGCAUGGCAAUUCGAUUUAUUAUAAUUUCACCCUAAGGGAAAAUAACCACAAUGUUAGUUAUAGUAAUGUCUACUUGACGGAUUUGUUGCGUGAUAAAACAUUGGAUUUUUUGGAUAAAAGGGACAAGGCAUCUCCGUUUUUGGCAUUUAUUGCACCACCGGCACCACAUCAACCUUUUACGCCGGCUGAACGUCACAAAGGUGUUUACAAUAAUACCAGGGCCAAGAGGACACUUAGUUUUAAUAAGGUUGAUAAAGAAAAACAUUGGCUUUUGGCCAAUUCGCAAGAAAUACCCCAAGAAACCCUAAAUUUAAUGGAUACAUUUUUUGCCAAACGUUGGGAAUCACUGUUGGCUGUUGAUGAACUGGUGGCCAGUGUUGUACAUAAAUUACAACAAUCUCAAGAUUUGGAAAAUACCUAUAUUAUAUAUACCUCCGAUAAUGGUUAUCACAUUGGACAAUUUGCCCAACCCUUCGACAAACGUCAACCCUACGAAACAGAUAUUCAAAUUCCCUUUUUGAUAAGAGGUCCCAAUAUAAAACCCGGCGUUAAAAUAACAACACCAAUAUUAUUAAUCGAUUUAUUACCCACAAUUUUGGAAUGGUUAAAUUUACCAUUAGAUCCCCAAAUGGAUGGUCAAUCUUUGCAGCCGUUUAUUGUAAAUGCGGAUAGUUAUGAUCCCUCCACCGAUAUGUAUUAUAGUCGUGGUUUGCUGGUGCAACACAAAGGUGAGGGUAAUUUAAAAACCUAUAGAUCUGAAUGUCCCAUGUGGCAACCUGAAGAUCGUAUGGCUGGGUGCACUGUAGAGGCGGCAUGUCACUGCCAAGAUUCAUGGAAUAAUACAUAUUCGUGUGUGCGUAAUUUUGCCUAUGGGAUUAAUCAUUUAUAUUGUGAAUUUGAAGAUGAUGAGGAUUUUACAGAGUUUUAUGACAUGUCUGACGAUCCACAACAGCUUGAUAAUGGAGCCAAAGAUAUGCUGGCCAUCGAAAGAGCUCUAUACAGUAUAGCGUUGAAAAAUCUAACAAAAUGUGCCGGAACUGCCUCGUGUACCAUUCACGUUUUUUGA